AUGAAUGCACAAGGUGUGUUGACAGGAGCAGACGAGGUAAGAAGAAUCAGGACCCUUGCUCAGUCAGUCCUAGUUGAAAGGUGGAAAGAGGAUCUGGAGUCCUCUAUUGCUGGCAGUUGGACGGUUCUCGCAGUUUGUCCUCACAUAGAGCGGUGGCUAAAGAAAAAACACGGAACGCUUACGUUCCGACUGGUGCAGAUACUAACAGGACACGGCUGCUUUGGUAAGUAUCUGCACCAGACAGCGAGGCGAGAAUUGACUCCGGUAUGCCAUCAGUGUGGGGCCACUGAAGACACAGCGCAUCACACACUAGCUGAAUGUGCAGCCUGGAGCCCGCAGAGGCACAUACUAUCAUCCACUAUUGGUAGAGCCGUCUCGUUGCCCGACGUAGUUGACGUCAUGAUAGGCAGUGAAACGUGCUGGUCAGUGAUGCUGUCGUUUUGUGAGGCUGUCAUGGGUCUGAAAGAGGAUGAAGAGAGAGCGAGGGAAGAAGCUGCCGAUGCUCCCGUCAUACGCAGGCGGAGGCAGGCCAAGCUUAUCAUCCUCGUAGCGCCCAGCUACACGCUAGUGGAAAGGCCGCCUUAUCCAUGGAGUUAUCGGUUAUCACAGCGCUUAGUAUACGCGUGCGGUACAGAGGAACAGUUGAUGUUCGCGCGUCGAGGAAGACGCAACCGUUCGCUGUAG